AUGUAUAAUUCCUUAUGGAAUAAUUUACUAAGUUCAAAUGGAAAUUUCGACGCAUCGAUUCUAUCGAAAUCAGCAAGCGCUCAAUUAAGCAAAUCGAAAGGUAAGAAAAUGACUGCGCAAUUUAUGUCGAUGAUCAGCCAGGAUAAAAAUUAUUGUAAUCGUGGUUUGCCUUUACGAGUUGUAUUAAACAGUCAGACAAAUGUAACUCGACAAGCAUGUCUUUGUCCGCCGAGUUAUUAUGGUAAUUAUUGUCAAUAUCAAAACCAACGGGUUAGUAUUACUAUGAAAAUCACUGCACCUGCAAGAUCUCGACAAACAUUGUUUGUUCUGGUCGUUUUAUUACUUGACGAUACUUCACAACGACUCGCCCAUUCAUAUGAACAACUAUCGUAUUUACAUGUGCGCGAUAAAGAUGUUCAAUUCAAUUUCUAUUUACUUUAUUCAGCUCGACCAAAAGAUACAACAAAACAAUAUUUCAUACAUAUUGACAUCUAUGAAAAGACUACGUUGCAUUACAAAGGAAGCAAAUUCAUUCGAUUACAACGACCAUUCUUACCUGUCGAACGUGUUCUUAUUCGAUUGAAUAUUCCACAUCUACACGAUAUCAUCCAAACAUGUUCGAAUGAGCAACAUGGUCAUGGCCGCUGCUUGCGAUACUUAGAUGAUCCAAGCAAUACAACGUUUUAUCGAUGUGAUCAAGGUUGGAUUGGACGAAAUUGCAAUAUCCGAUAUAAUAGCACUUGUCGGCCUGAUUCGUUGUGUGCUGGCGCGACAACCACUUAUCGAUCAAUAUGUGUCUGUCCGUCGCACAAAUUUGGUUCUCAAUGCUUUUUGACGAAAAAUUCAUGUCAACAUAACCCAUGUUCGAACAGAAGCGUUUGUAUACCAUCCGAUGAACGCAGUACAUCUCAACCAUCAUAUGUAUGCAUUUGUCCCGAAGGAUUUCAUGGAGAAAGAUGUGAAAUACCUGAUUACCAAAUUAUUUUGAUUCUUCAAAAUAACCUUACUUUUUCUUCGCAACAAUUCGUACAUUUCUAUUUCAUAUAUUUUUUUCCGAAUGGGAAAUCUUUGUAUAGCAAAAAAUCGACGAGAAUCUGUGUGAAUCAAACGUCAGUUAUUGGCUAUUCAUCAUAUCCAUUGCAUAUAACGCUAGUCGAACUUGCUGCAAAUCAGUACUACUUGAUUUCGAAUAAAAAAGGCGAGUCUCCAGUAGCUCUUGUGUACCAGAUUAAUCUAUCCAAUCGCUGUCGAUCUAUCAGUGAAAUAUUUUCGGACAACAUUACUCGGAUGCCUGUUAUUCAACGCCUUAAAUAUUACCAUUUGCCAUGUCAAAAUCGUUCAUCGAAUUUAUCUUGCUUUUACGAUGAAGUGCAUAUGUGCUUGUGUUCGGAUUUUGGUGAUUCACGUUUAGCGAAUUGUCACCAAUUCAAGUAUUUUCCUUAUAUCGGAGACUUGGAGUUGCUGUAUCAUCCAUCCGAACGUGUUUGUCCAGAAGAUUAUUUAUCGAAUUCAUCCUUGAUAUCGAUGGGUAAUUGCAUGCCGUGCAUGUAUAUUGGUGAACGUUUUCUCGAUGUAUUCAUCUUGCUGUUUUACUUACAUAUUUUUCAUCGUAUACAAUGA